CACCGUCGAUGGCCCCGUCGCCUGCUCAGGCACGCCCUCUUCAUCCCCCUCCCCCCAUCAUCCCCCAACGCCCCGAGCUUCCCUCGUCGCGUCGCAGACCACCUCCUCCUCCCGAUGCACCGGCCGCGCGCGGCCACGUCUCGCCCGGCUGCACACUCGCACGUCUCCUAGCUCGGGUCCGGCGAGCGGCGCUGGCAUCCAUGGCGAACUGCCACGGGUGCGGCCAAUCCGAGCUCCUAGGUUAGUGCAAUAAAAAAAGAAUCCACGCACUACACGACCCCGUCCUCCAAUACACCACCUGCUCCCAGCCAUCUCGCACCGCCGCCCGCUUCAGCUCCUGCUCGUCGAUCGCCACCGUGUGGAGCUACCUUCCUAGUGCGCCGCUCCGCCUGCGUACACCGGUAGGCUUUCAACCACUGCCACACGCCACUUCGCCUCCCCCUGCCCAUCACCUCCCACACAAUCGUCUCGAAUCGCAGGAGCGGCCUCUUAUCUCUGUGUGUGUGUACUGGUGGUCACGGCUGAUGCUGCUUCUCCUCUCCAUCAGGACAUGUUAUUAUGUUUAGGGGAUUUAGUCCAGGCCCUCCACUGGCUCAAGACCAAGUGGCUCUCUGCUCCUCAACGCCCCACAACUGAGCGCCCAAUCCAGGAAAACAACCCCGUUGCGCUGCCGCUCCCCAUCUCUCUGUGUCGUCCCGAGAUGGUCCGGCUGGGUGCCGCCCCGGUGGCCGAGCGUGUGCUGUCCACGAAAGCCAGCUCCUCCACCCAGACCCUUCUCUACUACGACGGCAAGGACACUGCUUCGUCGGAACUGAUCGUGACGACCACGCGCAAUCCAAUUGGGAGAAAACCAGAUGAUCGAGCAUAGAAAGAAGAAGAAUUGCUACACCGGAACCUGGGCCAUGCGGUGAUUGGUUUUUUAGUUGCGCGGCUGUUUCCAUGCUGUUCAUCUGAGGUAAAAUUUAAAAUCAUGCAUUGCUUCUCCUUACUAUAUGUCGGUGCUUGCAUAGUUUAAUCUAUUUGGC